ACAUCUCUUUCCGCCUCCCCAGUUCUUCCUCUCCGUUUCCACCCUCACCAUUCACGCUAUAAACACCUAAACACCACCCAAUAUCUAUUCUCCAUCGUCUCCGCUCAGGUCAGACGAAGCCUCCGGUGCGCCAUUCGUGCAAUACCCUGAGCCAUCAAUGGCAGUAGCAGGUAUGUUUACUGUGCCACAGACCAUCGGCAGUGUGUUAUGUUGCAAGUGUGGCAUCUCAAUGCAACCAAAUGUGGCAAAUAUGUGUGCCAACUGCCUCUGCUCUGAAGUUGACAUAACAGAAGGCCUUCAGAAGCACGUUAUCAUCCGCUAUUGCCCUCAAUGCGAGUGCUACUUGCAACCGCCAAGGUCUUGGAUCAAAGCACCACUCGAGUCGAAAGAGCUGCUCACCUUCUGUGUGAAGAGGCUGACUAAUCUGAACGCAGUCCAUUUAGUGCAUGCUGAAUUUAUCUGGACUGAACCUCAUUCCAAGAGGAUUAAAAUCAAGUUGAGGGUCCAAAAAGAGGUUCUUCAUGGAGCAAUACUCGAACAAGCUUACACAAUAGAGUUUGUUGUGCAAUAUCUGCAUUGUGACUCCUGUGCUAAGGUUCAUGCCAAUCAAGAUCAGUGGGUUGCCAUAGUGCAGCUGCGGCAGAAUGUUUCUCACA